GGCAUAGGCCCGCACACUCUCAGUAGACACUCUGUCUCUCUCUCUCUCACACGUUCUCCAACCCAAGGAGGCCAGACAGAGGGACGUGGUCACUCUCUGAAAGGUUCAACUGGAGAGAAACAAAAUGCAGUGGGCCUCCCUCCUGCUGCUGGCCGGGCUCUGCUCCCUCUCCUGGGCCCAGUACGACGAAGAUCCCCACUGGUGGUUCCACUACCUCCGCAGCCAGCAGUCCACCUACUACGAUCCCUAUGACCCCUAUCCGUAUGAGCCCUACGAGCCCUACCCCUACGGGGUGGAGGAGGGCCCAGCCUAUGCCUAUGGCUCUCCGCCCCCUCCAGAGCCCCGUGACUGCCCUCAGGAGUGCGACUGCCCACCCAACUUCCCCACAGCCAUGUACUGUGACAACCGCAACCUCAAGUAUCUGCCCUUUGUCCCUUCCCGCAUGAAGUACGUCUACUUCCAGAACAACCAGAUCUCGUCCAUCCAGGAAGGCGUCUUCGACAAUGCCACCGGGCUGCUCUGGAUUGCUCUCCAUGGCAACCAGAUCACCAGUGAUAAGGUGGGCAAGAAGAUCUUCUCCAAGCUGAGGCACCUGGAGAGGCUAUACCUGGACCACAACAACCUGACCCGGAUGCCCGGCCCGCUGCCUCGAUCCCUGAGGGAGCUCCAUCUCGACCACAACCAGAUAUCGAAGGUCCCCAACAACGCUCUGGAGGGGCUGGAGAACCUCACAGCCUUGUACCUCCAGCACAACGAGAUCCAGGAAGUGGGCAGUGCGAUGAGGGGCCUCCGGUCACUGAUCUUGCUGGACCUGAGUUACAACCACCUGCGGAAGGUGCCUGAUGGACUGCCCAUAGCCCUCGAGCAGCUGUACCUGGAGCACAACAAUGUCUACUCUGUCCCCGACAGCUACUUCCGGGGGUCACCCAAGCUGCUAUACGUGCGGCUGUCCCACAACAGUCUCACCAACAAUGGCUUGGCCUCCAACACCUUCAACUCCAGCAGCCUCCUUGAGCUUGACCUCUCCUACAACCAGCUGCAGAAGAUCCCCCCAGUCAACACCAACCUGGAGAAUCUCUACCUCCAAGGCAAUAGGAUCAAUGAGUUCUCCAUCAGCAGCUUCUGCACCGUGGUGGACGUCAUGAACUUCUCCAAGCUGCAGGUGCUUCGCCUGGACGGGAACGAGAUUAAGCGCAGCGCAAUGCCGGUGGACGCGCCCCUCUGCCUGCGCCUCGCCAGCCUCAUCGAAAUCUGAGUGGCCCUUGCACGGGGCACGGGGCCGAAGGCCCCCACGCCCCACUGCAUCUGGCUUGAUGGUUUGGUUUGGCUUUUGCUGGAAGGUCUGGGACAGACCAUAUGACAGAACUCCAUGGGCUCCCUCUGUAGUCUUCUUCCAUGUAGGCAGGGUCAGGUGGGAUCAGGGGACAGGCAGCCUUUUACUGAGGGACAUGGCUGCAGCUCUCUUUCCAGGACAGAGGAAGUGGUAGCAGAGGAAGUAAUCCCUGGAAGUCCCAACCCCAGACACCUCACUACCCCCAGGUUCUUCCCAAUGAUCUGGCGUCAUGAACUUAACAAGUCGCUUGGGCAACCGCACGGACGCACGGAGCGUGCUUUCCCCACAAUCCCUGGCUCUCUCUGUGAGCAGCGCUUGACCGCUCUCCUGUGUGCCAGGCAGGUGGUGCAAUUACUCUGGGCUUCCUCUCAGUGCUCCUCGGAAUAUACCUCUUGCCCAACUGCCUCCUCCUUCACCCUCCUCAUCCACUCAGCCUUGCUGCACACACACCUCUUCUGUGCCUUGGGCAGAGGCAUGAGAGCCCAAGGCGUUUGGGCAUCGGCCCCGUGGCCUGUGCGGAGAAGUCACACUAGUG